UUCGAGUCUGUUUCUUGGAAACACCGAGACCAUCAGAUUUAGCCUUUGAUCGAACGAAGUCAUCGUCCACAACGUACCGGUCAAGGUAAGAGAGAGAAAGAACAUUUAUUUGGCCUUGUCUUUCACCGUUUCUUUCAGGUUGAUAAUAUUAUUGUUGGUUUUCUCCACUGGUUGAAGCUCAGUCAAUAAAGAUGAACGGUCUUCCAAAUUUUGAGGAAUUUCUUUCAGAUUUACUAGGAUGCUUUAUCAAAGAUCCAGUGAAAGUUGCCUUCAUAAAGGAGAGGUUGAGUCCCAUACUUAGCAGCCUGAAGAUACAAGAAAUACAAGGCGUGGAUAGAUGUGUUUCCGAGUAUCUGAUCCCAGAGUUGUCAAGACUUAUCCAGUCCACUUUCGGUGUUUCAGCAGAAAAACAGCUGAUAUCGCUGAAGCCCUCUAUUAUCAGAGGAUUGGAAACCUUCUUACAGAAAGGCAGAGUAUUAAACAAAGAUGAAAUCAUUCAACUGGCAAAGAAAAACAUCCCAGAACUGAUAAUCGAAACAGCCWUUCCUAAUACAAGUGAAUACAUAAAAAAACUUGUACGUAAUGCUAUGAAUUCAGUCCAAGAAGCCGUCUUUACCCCUGGGACAACUCCUUCUGUUGAGAAACUGUUGCAUAUGCUUCGUAAAGAAUGCGCUGAUAAGGAAUUUUGUAUUGACAGGGCUGAACUUAGUCAUGCCAUAGAUAAAUUGAUUGAAUUGAUGCCUGAAGCUGUUGACAAGAUUAUGGAAUUCCAGGUAAAACAUGUUUUGCCAGCUUUGUCAGUUUGUUUUGAAGCUACUGCAUUUGCUCUUCUUACGGUAUUCUUGAAGCAAUGUUUUGAAAGUCUUCAUAAAGAAGGAACAGUUAGAGUUAGAGGAAAAGAUCUUGCCAAGCCACUGGCUAUGAAAGCACUUGGCUUAGCAAAUGAGAAGUUAAUGAAGAAUACAGCCAAAGAUGUUUCAAAAGUAGCCCCAAAGAUUGUGAAAAAAUAUGUAGUCGAUAAGGCUGGAAGGAAAAUGGUGAGAAAGGCAACGAAAAAGAUUGCUUCAAAGGCGUCAAAAAAUGUUGUUUCUAAGGCCACCCAAAAUGCCAGCUCAAAAGCGGCAAUGGCAACAUCAAAACAAAGUGUUAAAGUGGGCACCAAGGCUAUCAACAGAAUGAGUGGAAAAGCCGCCCGCCAAGGUGUACAGGGAGCGGCUGGUAAAACAGCAAAGGAAGCCUCCGUCAAUAUAACCAAGACAAGUUCUAAAGCAGUAGCUGAAGUCGGGUUUAAAAACGCAGCAAAAGCCGGUAUGACUGCAGCUGGUUUGUCAGCCGUCGUAGGAGGUUUGYUCCUCUAUCAUGACUUAAAGGACUUGGAUAAGGAAAAGGAAGAGGGAAGCCUUAGUGCUGAGGAAUAUAAAGAACAAAAGAAAGAACGACUAGGUGAAUUUGUAGGUGAUGUGAUAGGCACUGGUUUUGUGGGUGCUGCUAUUAGUGUUGCUGCACUGUCAGGUCCUGCAGGUUGGGCGGCGAUUGGAGCUGGAGCCAUCGUUUCCUUUGCAACGGGGAAGUUGGGUGGUCAAAUAGCUAAAGCAGUUGCUUGAAUCUACAAAUGUAAUCUUACCACUAUCCAAACGUUAGAACAUUAUUUUAUAUAGUUAAUUUUUGAGACUCAGCUUUUUGAGUACAACGACUGUUGUGCGUAAGGUCGUGGAUUCAAACCCCGGCAGAACCAACACUCUAGAGUAGAAUGUGCUGCUCUAGUAGCUAGUCUUUCUAGUUUUCUUGAAAAACAACCUUAAACCAUAGACCCUGUGUCCUAGGAAGCACUUACUUGACAUGUAUCACUGAUAUAGGGGACAUUAAAAUACUCUAGUUUCGAGUUCUCUGUUGCUCAAGGUUAUCCUUGAUUUUGAGUAAAAUCUUCAUGUGUUCAGCAUGUGUUCUAGUGAAGGUCCUUGGAAUUUCAGAGUUUGUAUUGCAUGUUAAAGUUGUGAAUUCUUUACUUUACCGUUGGUAUUUGCGAAUAUUUAGACACUGAUACGAGGCUAACCCUGAGUAAAUAAGUCUGUAAUCAAGGAACACAGCGGUAGUUUGGAACAUUAUAAUAUUAUUAUCACAAGGAAGCUAAGUAAAAAUGUUCGCUUCGAUAAGCAUAGAACUCUUUUGUUGCGAACUUUAUGAGCUUGAUCUCCUAAGGCUACGUUUAGCUAAACAUUUGAGGAUUAUAAUUGAAUAAAUAAAGGCAUUAAUCUAACUAUUGAACUCCGUCCGACAGAUUUUGGGACAUAUGCCAUAGUUGUUAUAUACGUACAAAGGCAAAAGCUAGAGUGAUUUAGCUUGACCAGUGAAAAGUAGUAAGCAUAAUAAAGAGAGCAUGAAUAAGAGAA